GAGUUCGUCCUCUCACAGGCCCCCGACGUGCGGGCCGCAUGCCCGGGGCCGCCGCCGGGAGGCGACGCGGCGCUCCUGCCGGUCCCGCAGCAGCUCGCGGCCGGCUGCUUCGGGCUCAUGGCCGCGGCGCUGGCCACGCUGCCGCUGCCGAGGACGGACGGCGAGGCCAUCGUGUCCGUGCAGCCCUCGAAUCGCGCGGGCUACGGCUACCUCCCGUACGCGGCCGGGGGCGUGUUGUGCCUCUCGAUCUUCGGCUCCGACUCCUACACCCUAUUCCCGAUGGUGUUGUCCUACUGCCUGCUCGUGUUCACCAUACGCCCGUUCCUGGUGGGGAAGCAGGUCCUGCAGGACGCUACCACCUGGCCGCAGGAUCUUGGCCGCCAGCUGCUGGGGUCGGCGCUGAUCAUGGUGAGUUUCGCGCUGCUGUUCCCCAGCUCGCUGGCAGAGAGCUUCUGA